AUGACAGUUGACAAAACCACUUUGUCAUCCAUUGUUGCUUUACCAUCUGCAUUGGCCAAGUAUGAGCAGCACAUUACAGUUUUUUCCUUGCCACAUCCAUCGAAUACUUCUUCAAAGCAACGCGUUAGGCUUAUGUUAGGAUCAAAUGGUCAGCUUUUCGAACUUAGAUCUCAUGUAUUUAGCAAAAGCUGCAAAUAUAAUGCAAAGUCUGAUUUGGCAGAUGACAAAUACCACUACACUACCGAUGACCAGCCAAUAAAAUCCGUGUUUUUAACGAAUAAAGAAGACAGAAGUGACAGCUAUGUGAUUGAAAGCGGCUGCUUUCAAUUUGCAGCGAAGUAUGAUUUAACCUUCAAUCUUAUCGGAUACUACCAUAGGAACAGCAUCGUCGCUGAAGAACGAGAUUAUACAAGAGGCACGACUGAACCGCAAACCUGCGGCCAGCCUGCUGCACACCCCCCAUGUCUCACCGCAAGAGACUAUCACGAUUUACUAGUUGACAGCCAUGACCCUGCGUGGUCAGGCGUACCUUUGGAAACCUUACAAAGUCAUUUAUCAAACAUCGCCGAGCCAAUUGAAGAGGCUGGUGAAAUUUUCUACAAGAUAACCAGCAAUAAGAUCACCGCAUAUCUGAUCCUGAAAGUCCAGAAAAUCUUAGCUAGACUUCCGAAGAGUCUACCAAUGCCGAAUAACCUACCACAAGAGCUUUCGGAGGCACUGAAGGUCGUCAUGAGCGUGAACCUGCUCAUAUCUUUGAUUCCCAAAGCUGCCUACAGUAAUCUUGUGCAUUUUUCGCCAGAACAACAAUCCGUGGAUAGUAUUCAAUUAAACAUCUCUAAAGCUUUCGAUACGUACCAUAACCACCAAAAAUCAAAGUUGAUUUCAGAGAAAGAACAAGAAUUACAAUUAAAUGCGGCAAUGACAGUAGGACUUUCGGUAAAUUCUGCGAAGCAGCCAAAGAAGAAAGUGGUCAAAAAAUCAGCCAUUAAUAAAAAAGUAAAUGUUGCAUCAGGUAAGGGAUCAAUUGAUGGAUUUUUUAAGAAGUCGAAGCAAUCCAAAAUAUAA